AGUCUACGCCUCGUGAUUCCAAAUCUUCUAUUAUACAAUAACAGAGUGACUAGUCUCCGCCUCGUGAUUCUCAAGUCUCCUGUUAUAUUAACAGAGCCACCAAGAACAAAGAAGGAGUAACAACAAACAACAAUGGAGCAGAUCAUUAACGAGAAGAAGACACUCUCAAGACAGUCUUCUUCUUUCAGACUACGAAGUCCUAGUCUAAACGCUCUCCGUCUCCACCGAGUCUUCGACCUAUUCGACAAAAACAAAGACGGAUUCAUAACAGUCGUAGAACUGAGUCAAGCCCUCUCGAGACUCGGCCUCGACGCUGACUUCUCCGAUCUGAAAACUACCGUUGAUUCUUACAUCAAACCGGACAAAACCGGACUCCGGUUCGACGACUUUGCGGCACUCCACAAAACCCUAGACGAAUCUUUAUUUGGAGGAGAAGAAAGCUGCUGCGACGGGUCUCCGGAGUCAGAUCUUGAAGAAGCUUUCAAUGUGUUUGAUGAAGAUGGAGAUGGUUUUAUCUCCGCCUUCGAAUUACAAAAGGUUUUGAAGAAGCUUGGACUACCUGAAGCUGGAGAGAUUGAACAAGUGGAGAAGAUGAUUGUCUCUGUUGAUAUCAAUCAUGACGGUCGUGUUGACUUUUUCGAAUUCAAGAACAUGAUGCAAGUCGUUCUUGUUCCUUCUUCCUGAAGCUUUUGGAUUAAAAAAAAGUUAUCGUAUGAUUCUCUCUUUAAAGUUGUUUUUGAAUGCAAAAAAAAAAAUUAAAUAGAUCUUGUGCUUUUAAUUGUUUAGUUACAUUAAGUCCUUUUAAUUGUUGUUUGAAGUAAUGUUUAUUAUUUUAUAUUGGUUAAUA